AUGGUAGAGGAAGGUUCUUGUGCAUCUAGUGUCUCUGUGGACAGUUCUUAUGAGCGUUCCUCGCUGGAGGUUAGAAGUUAUACUCGUGAUGGGCGUGACGCUGACCAGUACAAGCUGCAUAACGGUAACACAAGAACGAGAACUCUAAGCGACUCUAAGGAAGGUGUAUGGCGUGCUUUGACUAAUGAUGGUACCAGUAUAGUUGAUGUGCUGCAUGUAAGAGAUCAAUCCCCACAUGAGAGUGAAGAAAAAGACCUGAAGCAAGCAGAUGAGAAAGCUGUGGACUAUGAUGAAGAAGAUGACAGACUACUGGAAUCGAGGUUUGACCUGGCUGAUGCACUGCGGCUUGUGGACACAAGGCAGUCUAUGCAAGAUAAAGAAAAUGUCCAGAUAAGGAACAGGCGGUACUCCGGUGAUGAUGAGAGUAUAAAAUCAGCCUACCAGUCUGAAGACAGCAUCCCCAUUGAGCGGGUUCCAACAAUAAAGAAAGUUUUCACUAACAAAUCCACAGGCCAAUUGGAUCUUCCACCGGAUGGAGGCUAUGGCUGGGUUUGUGUGUUUUGUGUUUUCUUAGCAAUGUUUUCUACAUGGGGAUGUAACUCUGGGUUUGGUGUGUUCUUGGGUUUUUACUUGAACAACGAUACCUAUCCCGGUGCUACAAAAUACGAUUAUGCGCUGAUCGCUGGGCUUACGGUUGCUCUCGGUCAAGGUGCCUCCCCUUUUGUCAUGGUCAUGAUGAGAGUUAUUGGUAUGAAGCCCACUAUGCUUUUUGGCAAUGCACUUUUGCUUGCCGGUUUCCUUCUAGCUUCGUUUAGUACCAAGAUAUGGCAGUUGUACUUGACUCAGGGUGUAAUGUCUGGAGCGUCUAUUGCAAUAGUGUGUGUUCCAGCAACUGUUGUUCUACCUGGUUGGUUUCUGAAACGUAGAGCAGUUGCUGUUGGGUUAUCCUUACUGGGAACUGGUCUUGGUGGUAUGGUGUAUGGUCUUGCUGCUAAUAAAAUGAUCCAAAGCCGUGGUAAUACGCAUCUGGCGUUACGAGUAUUGGCAAUAACAUGUACAGUUAGUAAUAUUGUCGCGACUGUAUUGAUCAAGGAGCGUGUGCCUAAGAAACCCGUGGGUAUCAGAUCUUGGAAAGCCAUUGUUCAGCAAUUUAAGGUCAUGUUUACAAUUGACUUGGUCAAGAAGCCAUUUGUGCUGUUAAUUGCUACGUGGUUUAGUUUAGCACUGCUAGGUUAUAUUAUCAUGGUGUUUACGAUGUCUCCCUAUGCCAUUGCAAGGGGCAUGACAGCUCACAAUGCCUCUGCGCUAACGGCGAUCCUGAACGCCGCCCAGUCGGUCGGGCGUCCGACGAUGGGGCUUGCAGGAGAUCGAUUUGGUCGGACUAAUGUCACCAUCACUAUGACCACACUCUUGAUGGUGUUCGUCUUCGGGUUCUGGAUCCCAGCCCACACAUUCCUACAGAUGAUAUUCUUUUCAAUAUGCGUGGGAUCCUGUGUCGGUGUCGCAAAUGUCAUGAACACAGUGCUAAUUGCUGACAUGGUGGGCCCCGAGGAGUUUCUUCCAGCCUGGGCCUUCGUAUGCUACAUAGGCUCCCCGUUGUGUCUCGUUGCGGAAGUGAUUGCGCAGGCAUUGACUGUCCCAGAGCACAAGAGCAACCCAUACUUGCACACGCAAAUAUUCGCGGGGUGCUGCUUCACAGCAGCGCUUUUGCUAGCAUUGAUGCUGAGGGAGUACUCCGUUAGGCUCAAAUACGAGGGCAAGAGAAGGGAGCUUCUGCGUGAGAUCAAAGAGGACGGUGCGCUGGACGCCUUACACCAGAAAGAGGAGUACGACGCCCUCCUCAGCAAAACCACAUCAGCUUACUUCAAGAGAAUGACCAAGAAACUAAUCAUAUAG